GUGUGAAUACGGGUCAAAAUUGGCCUGUAUAGCGGGUUGAUAUCAAUUUCAACCGCAAAAAUGGGGCUGUCCGACGAGGGUGAGGACAGCGUCCAACAGAGAUAUGAUGAAUUAUGCCUUGAUCUUAACAUGGACCUCAAUGCGAAGGAGGAAGCGUGGCAAUCAUACCAGAGAAUCCAAGUUAAUUUCACUCUGGAGGGAGAUAAAAUUCAAUGGCUAGCCUGUGCAUUGUACGAAGCAUGUCGACGUACCAUUGUUCCUACUGUUGGUCGGGGAAUUGUAGAGGGAAAUUGUGUGUCUUUAACUCGGUUGCUUCGAUCUGCCAAAUUCAGUUUGAUACAAUUUUUCAACAAGAUGAAAAAAUGGUCAGAUAUGGCCAAUCUACCACAGGAAUUCCGAAAUAAAGUUGACAGACUUGAAAGAAACUUUGCUGUGUCAACUGUUAUCUUCAAGAAAUUUCAACCAAUAUUUUUGGAUAUAUUUCAAGAUCCUGCUACAGAUAGUCCUAGGCCUAGGAGCAGAAAUAAGAGUAACUCUAGGCGUAGAAUCAAACAAUGUAGUCCUGCUAAUAAUGUAGAUGAGAGGCGUUUACCAUGUACAGUUAGUGAGGUGUUUACAUUUGCUUGGACUAUGUUUGUUCAAGUGAAAGGUAAUUUUCCAGCAAUAAGUGAUGAUCUAGUUAAUUCUUACCAUUUAUUAUUAUGUUGUAUUGAUUGGUUCUUUGCCAAUGCCUUAUUAGGAGGUAGAAAAGAUUUACUUAAUUCAGAAUUUACAGGUUUACCAAGUGAUUAUGAUAGUAAAGAUUGGAAGCCCCCUGUUGAAGCUCCCUGUAUCAUACAGUUAUUAUGUGAUAAACAUGAUGGCUUAAGUCUGGAAGCUAAAACUAUUAAAGAACAUUGGUGGAAACCUCACAUCAAGAAACUAUUCGAUCGAAAGGUCUUGAAGGGGAAGUUUGAAACCUUAUCUGCUGUACUAGAAAUAGGACAUUUUGAAAUGAACAGUAAAUCAAUCAAUAAUGCGUAUGAAGAGUAUGUAUUAAGUGUAGGUGAUUUUGAUGAACGUAUAUUCUUGGGAGAAGAUGCUGAAGAAGAAAUCGGAACUCCUGGUAAAUCUGGUGCUGAUCUAGCUGAACAGAUGCAAGCAAAACGUUCUCUGAAACAACAUGUUGAUGAGACAAAGACAUUGGCGCCAUCUACACCAUUAACUGGUAGAAGAUAUUUAAAAGAGAAGGAUCCUAGUAUAACACCUGUCUCCACGGCAACUCAAAGUGUAGGAAGAUUACAAGCUUUAUUAUCAGGACGGAAAACAUGUCCUAGUGAUCAACUCAUAGAGUAUUUCAAAGACUGUGCUAAAAAUCCUCAUGACGAUAUUGUAGCCAGAGUGAAAGAAAUGGGAGAAACAUUUUGUACACAUUACGUUCAGCCUUCCAAUGAUCACCCUGGUACACAUAUAGAUUUUGCUAGAAGAAGAUUACAACUUGGUGAAAGUUUAUAUUAUAAAACACUAGAGAAUAUUAUAGAAGGGGAAAGAAAACGUCUAUCAAGUAGUAAAGAUAAUAAAAAUCUCGAUUUAACGAGUCUGUUAGAACAAGAUAUCUUUCAUAGAUCAUUAUAUGCUUGUUGUUUAGAAAUAGUUAUCUUCUCCUACAACUCUCAAAGAGCAUUUCCAUGGAUAGUAAAUAUGUUUGAUUUAAGUCCGUACCAGUUUUAUAAAGUUAUAGAGAUUAUUAUUAGAGCUGAGGAAGGGUUAUCUAGAGAUGUUGUCAAACAUCUAAAUCAUAUAGAAGAAACUAUAUUAGAAUGUUUAGCGUGGAAGAAUGAAUCACCAGUAUGGGAUGCUAUACAGGAUCAGGAAUCUGGUGUACCAACUUGUGAAGAGGUUACACCACCUAAUCAUAUAGAUCUAGGACCAGGUGGAAGUUCUGCUAUUAAACAUCCCCGUAUUAAAACAUUGACAGUAGAGGCUGGUAAACAAACAAUAUUAUCACCAAAACAAUCUCUACUUACCUCACCUAAACAAUCAUUAUUAUCACCGGUUAGAACAGUUAAAAUUAUUGAUGCAAAUGAUCCAUUACAAUCACCAACUGGUAUACCUGUAUCUGAUAGAUUUAAUUCUCCUCAACCUGGUAGUGCUAGACGUCAGUUAUUUACAUCUAAAUCAGAGUCUGGUACUCAAACUGGCACCCCAACUACAUCUCAACCACAAACUAUCCUAUCAAAACAACUACAGUCUGGUAUAUCAGAGACAGUGGUAGUACCACAAACAUCACAAGAUUCUAUGAUAGCUGUUAUUGUUGAUGGCAAACAGGUGUUGAUACCAUUACAGUCCAUCUUGCAGGCCAAGGUGGUAGCUCAAGCAGAGAAAGCUAAAAAUUUCAGACCUAAGAAGACAGGAUCAUUAGCUUUAUUCUUUAGAAAGGUGUAUCAUCUAGCUAGUGUAAGAUUACGUGAUCUCUGUGAUCGAUUAGAUAUUGACUCAGAUGAAUUAAGACGUAAAAUGUGGACAUGUUUUGAACAUACUAUGGUGAAACAUGUUGAAUUAAUGAAAGACAGACAUCUAGAUCAACUCAUCAUGUGUGCUGUUUAUGUCAUCGCUAAGGUUACUGGUAAACCAUUAACAUUCCAAAAUAUCAUGAAGUGCUACAGAUAUCAACCACAAUCUCAUAGUCAUAUUUAUCGCAGUGUAUUAUUAAACAAUAGAAGAAGACAUCAUUCAAACUCUAGUGAUAGUAGUAAGAGUGGUUCUACAUCACCUUUUGGUGAAGAACGAGGAGAUCUGAUACAAUUUUAUAACUCUGUAUAUGUUAUAAAAUUGAGAGAUUAUGCUCUAGAAUUUUCUAAAGACAAAGGGAAACAUCCCAGCUUAUCACCAUUUCCGUCUGUACGUUCACACAAGGGUUCACCUCGUCGUGUUAGUACAACUUGUCCUGUAUAUAUAUCACCCCAUAAAACCAAGUCCAAUCCUGUUUUAUCACCAAAAGGAAUGUCAUUUUGCAUCAAUAAAAGUCCACCAACUGAUCUCCGAGCAAUUAAUAAAAUGAUAAAAUCAGAAGAAAGUAAAUUAACAACUAAGAGAUUAUUAUUAGAAGUUGAUAAGGAUGAAUCUAUGAGUCCAGCUAAACGUAUCUGUCAGGGUAGUAAUUUCCUACGUAAAUUACAAGAUGUCAAUAUGGAUAGAAAGGAAGCUAAUGGCAUGGCCAGCUAAGAAACUCAGUGCUUUAUUUAACAAAUAUUAUUCUGUAAUAUCCUAACGUUUUUUCAUCUUGGAAUCCUUGGCUUGUGCUAAAAAUUGUGUUUUGAUAUCAGACAAUUUUCAAGUUUCCCCUCGAUUACCCAGAUCAUUUGGCAAGACAAUUUCUGAGAAGAUGAAUGUAGGAUGUAAAAUUUCAUUCAUUUCUUUUCUGAAAUGAUAAAUGAUGGCAGAUCGCUUGAUUUUUAGAGUUUUAGCCCUGCUUGGUGAACUCGGAGAAGACUGUGAAUGAAAGCCAUCUCUUAUCGCUAGGAGAAAAUGAUUGUUGCUUUCUCACUGUGAGAAAAUUGUGCUUUCAACAUAAAUGAUAAAUAUUUUAUAUGGCAUUUAGAGGGAAUAUUCUCUUGUAUCUGACAGAAAAAUUUAGCAUGUGCUCUCAGAUUAUUUUGAUACAUGAAAUUUUAUGCAAUUUGUUAUUGUUAUGAUUUAAUUCAACUUUUUAUUUUAAUAAGCUCUUUAUCAAAUUU